GCAGGGAGCGCGCCAUGGGGCUGCCGGAGCGGCUGCGCAAGGAGUGGUUCAUCCUGGGCAUCGUGCUGGUCAUCGCGGUGGCGCGGCUGGAGCCCGCCGUCGGCGUCAAAGGGGAGCUGAAGUUUGAGGAUAGACAGCUUCACACUGAGGAGCCAAUAUAUUUUUUUUCCUUUAGGUUCUGGAAAAAAAAGAAAGUGAUUUAAAAAUGAUUCUGAACACUUGCUGUGGCAACUGAGGCUCCAGUGCUUCAUGGAGUUCAGGGACCCUUGAAACCAGAAAUUACCAUAACUUACAUUGCUGUUUCAGCUAUAUUCUUUAACAGUGGACUCUCAUUAAAAACUGAGGAGCUGACAAGUGCUUUGAUGCAUGUGAAACUACACCUUUUUGUCCAGAUUUUUACACUUGUGUUCUUCCCAACAGCAAUCUGGCUCUUUCUUCAGCUAUUAUCAAUCACACCUAUAAAUGAAUGGCUUUUAAAAGGCUUGCAGACAGUAGGCUGCAUGCCACCUCCUGUGUCUUCUGCAGUAAUUUUAACCAAAGCUGUUGGUGGAAAUGAGGCAGCUGCUAUAUUUAAUUCAGCUUUUGGAAGUUUUUUGGGCAUUGUUAUAACUCCACUGCUGCUUCUACUGUUUCUUGGAUCAUCCUCCUCUGUGCCUUUUACAUCUAUAUUCUCGCAGCUGUUUAUGACUGUUGUAGUCCCUCUUAUUAUUGGACAGAUUGUCCGAAGAUAUAUCAAGGAUUGGCUCGAAAGGAAGAAGCCUCCAUUUGGUGCUAUCAGCAGCUGCGUGCUCUUGAUGAUCAUCUACACAACGUUCUGUGAUACUUUCGCCAAUCCAAAUAUUGACCUUGAUAAAUUUAGCUUGAUUAUCAUAGUGUUUAUAAUAUUUUCUGUUCAGCUGAGCUUCAUGUUUUUGACUUUCCUCUUCUCUACAAGGAAUAACUCUGGUUUCACACCAGCAGACACAGUGGCUAUCAUUUUCUGUUCCACACACAAAUCCCUCACCCUGGGGAUUCCAAUGCUGAAGAUAGUGUUUGCAGGAUACGAGCACCUGUCCUUAAUUUCUGUCCCCUUACUCAUCUAUCAUCCUGCUCAGAUUCUUCUUGGCAGUCUGUUGGUACCAACAAUAAAAUCUUGGAUGGUUUCUAGGCAAAAGGCACUGAAGUUAACCAGGCAGCCCAAAGCACCCGUGAAGGUAUAACGAUGGAGGUGGCCUAUGUCACAGUGAAUGUAUAUAUGUACUAUACUAUACACACAGACAACUGAGACAACUGAGUAUCUGUGAAUGUUGCUUCAGUGCAUAUUUUAUUUUUAUAUAUACAUAUAUAUAUUAAAAAGAUACCUGUUUAAGUGCCUUACAAAUACAUUUUUUGGCAAAAACGUUGUUUCCAGAAGCCACUUCGAUGAUUACUGCAAGAGGUUGUACAGUAUUUUGGAAUCCUUUAGUUUUUAUUUUUCUAACAGAGUGAAUGGUCAUAAGUAACAGCUGUGUUUCUUCCUUUGCACCUGCUUUGAAGCCAGGGUGCACCAGCUGUAAGUUUCUGUUUUAAACUAGCCAAAAUGACCAGAAGCCUAUCGCACUGCUGGCUUACCCUGAGGAAGAGCUUUCUGAAGGUUUUUUUGAAGAUUGACUUGAAUUUGUUUGUGAUUCUGUUACACUCCGUAGUCAUAUGACUAUGACAUGCCUUUUUCUUCUGAGUUUGUGUAUUCUCAGCAUGGGGCCAUCCAUUGGAUAGAAGCUGAGAAGCAUGAAUUAUUUGCAUUUGUUGACACAGUUGUCUAGACAUUCCUUCAAAGUUAAUGGUUUUUCAAGAAAAUUCUUUCAAUUCCAUUGUAUGAUAUUGUGCCAUUGUAUAUCUUAAAUGCCUCAUAAGCUUCUUCAAAGAAAUGGUCUGGUGCUUGGGUUAUGAGUGAAGUAUUUGUGUUUGCAGCUAGGACAUCUUUUAUAAUUUACCCCAGAAGAACACAAAUUUUUGUUUUUCUUUUUUCUUUUCCUUCCCCCAGUGCAAUGCACAGAGAUCUGCAGUGACAGAAUUUAGGAUGCUCAUAUUUAAACAGAGUCUUUACUGUAGUAAACCAAGCUAAGUUUUCUGUACUGCCGCAUUGGUAAUGAAUAACAGCUGGUGCGGACAAGAAAGUUGACUAUUUUUUUGCCAGUUAAAAGGAUCCUUAUAGUAACAAGAACACUAUCUUAGUUAAUUUGAUAAUCAGUCAGUACUUUUUUAAAAAUCAAGUGUUGCUAUUUGUAAUGAUAUUCUUAAAAAAGGAUAUGAAAUACUAUUUGUACAAGUAGAGUAAAGAGAAAGAAACACAGGCAUAUGUUUAAACACACAGCCAGCCGUGCAUCUUAUCGAAGAGAUUAAGAUUUCAGAAGAGUGCACUAGUCUGGACCCUUGAGGUGUACCCAUCUGCAAAAAUUGUGCUGGCAAUUGUGCAUUAAAACAUUAAAAGGAAUGAAAGAAAUAGGUCAAACAGGGAUUGAUUUAAGUGCAGAAGUGUCUUGUGUGUCAUGGUUAACAUUGCACUCAGUUGCAACAUUAACUGCAAACACCUAGGAACAGAUCUUUAGCAGAUGUAAAUUAUCAUAGCGCUGAUAACGCUAUAGCUAUUUACACAAGCCAAAUAUCUUUUCUAUGAGAAUAGGCACAUGCAACUCAUAUCCCUUUACCUUAGUGAAAAAAUCACGUUAGGUUUAUCUAGUCUGUUAUUCCUAAUUUAACAACAAGGAAGUAAUUUGGUACCAAUCAGCAGUGCUUUAACUGAUGGUCAGUGCAAAGCAGCUCUGUUGCCAUCUGUAUGAGAAAUUAUCAGGGGUUGCUAGUGACACCUUGUUCAAAAUCAUCAUCACCAGUUGAAACGAAACUGCAUAACAAAGGUACGUGAUGUGGUAAUGUAUUGCAUUCUCUUCUUUCCACGGAGGGGAAUCAAACUGGGCGCACUGAGCCUGUGUGAGGGCUGAGAGGCACCAUCCGCCACCAGCCCGCUCCAGUGCUGUGCUCUGUCCCCACCAGCCAGUGGCGCAAAGGACAGCGGGCAGUGGCCUCGCAGUAUGGAUCAGUGUGUCCCUGGAGAGCAUACAUGGAUCCACAAACAGGCCAGCCUGAGAGGUGAUUGGAGAGAAUAGCAUGUAUGUUCUUGGCCCAAAUUAAAGGUUCCCCUUUCUUAAGUAGGCUAACCAGAAAUUGGUCAAAAUUCCUCUGUGCUUGAAAACCCUGAUUGCAGCAGAGGGCCCAGAUGCAGGACAGUUUCCUUCUCUGCUGUUUCCAUAAAUCUGCCCUGAACUACCAGAGUAUGUAAGGUACCUGAUCCCAAUCCCACUGAAAUCUGUGAAUCUUUCUGUUGGUUUUAAAUGGCAAAGGGAUAGGCCCAAGGAGAGUGGUUUUGGGUUUUUUUUUUGUUUGUUUUUGUUUUUGUUUUAAUAUACAGGAAAAGUUCAAGCAUAGAGUCACUUCUUCCACUUCUGUGGUUUUAUGUAUGCUAAAUAGUCAAUACACUGCAAAUACUCUUACUGAGCUACCUCUGAGUACUGAAUCUCCCAUUUUCAGUACAUCCAACAACUUGCUUAGAUUCCAAGGAAAACAUCCUUUUUUCUUUGUUAAAUAUUUUCUGUGCUUAAGACUAUUUCAAACUGUUUUAAGAGAGUUUUGUUAGAUCUUUUACAGAGUCAUUGCUGAUUUCUUGGGACAGCCUAAAUGUUGCGUAGAUUUUUCUUAAACCUUAAUGAAUGCUGGAGGUGUUGAUCUGAAGGGAAUAUAAAGCAAACUGAAAUACAUUUUUUAAAUACUUAAUGAAACUUAAUUAUUCAUAUCAAUUCUGUUAUGUUUGAAGACUGUUAAGCUGUUAGUUUUAUGCCUUCCUAUUAUGCAUGUGUCUUUAUUAAACAAAAUGGUUUUGAAUUUAAUUUUUUUGGUAAGAAAAAAGAUAAAAUUCCAUAUCCUUUAGGUCAACUUUUUACUUCUAUUACCUGAAGUUUUGUUCUUUUGCGGAUAAACCUUUUAAUUUUUUUGCUUGUCCUUUUUAAAGAAAAUCUAUGAACAGUAUAAAAAUACUUUAUCAACUAAAUUUGGGGAAGGAAGGCCCUCUUUCUCUGCAGUUUCUUUCAUAUGGAUGUAGAAGACUUUAAAUACUUGGUUGUACAUUUGAAAAAAAGUGAGAAUCAGAGAACACUGUAAAUUAUAAUCAGAUGAAAAUUAAUUGAAUACCAAUAUUUUUUAAGUAGAGGAUGAAAACAGUUCUAAAUGUUUCCAAUUUCUUAGCUUUAUAUUUAACUGAGAGACAUCUAAUAUUGAUCAUAAUCAGACAAAACUAUGGCAAAUGAGAACUUUGUCCAUGUUCAAACACCAGCGUUUUCUUGAUCAACACUUCUUAGCUUCGACAUAUCUAUAAUCCCAUCUAAUGAUAUCAGUGGGGGAAAAAAAAGUUAAAAACAAUGAAACAGCACUUCAGAGUUCACAGGGAUUUUCAGCACCUCUGUGUGAGAGUUACUCAAACAUUUCAUCUCCCGUUUUGUGCUCUAAAUUGAGAAGCACAACCCUACAGUAAUAGGUCCAAGAUAAAUAACUUCUUACUUAUUGAAAAUCAAGAUCUAUAGCGUGUGAGGUUUUUUUUUUUUUUUUUUUUUUUUUUAUCCUUUACUUAGUUUGAAUAGGCUAUAUGACAGAAAAGCCACAGUCCCAGCAGAAGCUGGACAGUUGGGCUUGUUUACAGACCAAAAGGAGAGUAAUCCAGCAGUUUGGUUUUACAAAAAUACAGUCCCAUAUGUUAUUCCGGCAGUCAGGGAAAGAGGAGCCUGUUUUGUAACAUGCUCCCUUGUCGUUAUUUUCAUCUUCGGUUUUAUUUGUGUGUGGUUUUCUAUGGAAAUAUCUUGACAGCAGGAGGUUAGAAAGCAAGAUGAAAUAUUGUGUGUCUGCAAGCACAUAUAUUUAUGUGUAAGUGCAUACGUGCAUAAGAUACGAGCAGAUGUAUAUGUAGAAAUCACUAGUAAGGACCAAGUCCCUGGUAUACAUUUUUUGCAAGUCUGCAUAUGGAGAUACUUUUCUGAUGUUAUUCUGACAUUAAAAAUGAAAUUUCAAGCACUGAA